GAUUUAUUACCUAAAGCAACAGACUGGAGGCGGGGUUUUCUCCAGAAAGGCACACACUAGAGCAAAGAGACAUGUCUCGCCCGUCCCCCUCCACUCUCCUGAAGACCCUGUGUCGUGCCUCUCCUGGUACCCCCUUAAUUUGGGGUCUGAAGAGGGUGUCUGUGCAGCUGAUGGACUGCAGGAAAACACUAGGGCAGAAAACACACAAGAAAACCCACUCCUGUCCUCAGUGUGGGAAGAGUUUUGCCACAAAAGACAUUCUGGAGCGACAUCUGCUAACUCACACUGGAGAGAAACAGAAAAAUAUAUGCGCUGAAUGUGGAAAAGUAUUCAGUACAUUUUCCAGCCUUACCAGGCAUCUGAAAACACAUACUGGAGAGAAAUGUCAUGUUUCUGAAACCACAUGCUCUGAAUGCGGAAAGACAUUCAGUACACAUUCCAGUCUUAGGAGACAUCUGCUAACUCACACGGGAGAGAAACCGUACGUUUGUCCUCGUGGGAAGAAUUUCAAUGAUCCAAGCAACUUAAAGAAACACAUCUUUAGAACUCACUCAGGAGAACAUUUUGAAGAGGAACCUUCCGAAAACAAUGUUGGUUCCUCAGAACAUGAUGGGGCCGUGAAGAAACAAGUCCUUCAUCCAUGUGCUCACUGUGGUAAGAAGUUGUCAACCGAAACAAGACUAACGAUUCACCUGAAGACCCACACUGGAGAGAAACCUCACGUCUGCCCCGACUGCGGGAAGAGCUUUGCUUUCCGUCCCUCCUUGAUGAAACAUCAGAAACUUAGUCAUUCAGAGCACGGAGAAGUGAAACGGCACGAAUGUUCAGUGUGUGGGAAAGUCUUUAAUCAACCAGGAGCCUUGAGGUCCCAUCAAAGAACCCACACUGGAGAGAAACCCCACCUCUGCUCCGACUGUGGGAAGAGUUUCUGUUUUCGUUCGUCUCUGAGAAGACAUCAGGUACUCCACGCAGGAGACAGUGCGAAGCCCCACGUGUGCUCUGUCUGUGGGAAAGGCUUCAGAGAUUCUGGAUACUUAAACAAACAUCAAUCCAUCCAUUCAGGAGAGAAACCUCACCUCUGCUCCAAUUGCGGAAAAACUUUCACGUCCUUCCUUAGCUUAACAAAUCAUUCCAAAUCACAUCGUCUAGAUGGAAACCAAUUCAAUGCCCUGAAUGUACGCGCCAUUUCCCAACAAAGGAAAGGCUGACAAGCCACCGGAGGACGCAUACUGGUGAAAAACCGUUCUGCUGCUCCCAAUGCCACAAGCGCUUCUCUCAUUCAAAUAGUUAUCAAAGGCACCUUCGUAUGCACUCCGGUGAAAAACCCUUUGUGUGUCCUCUCUGUGGGAAGCGAUUUAAUGACUCUUCGAACCUUAGAACACAUGUUAGAAGACAUAAAGGAGAAAAGGUAGGAAAGACACAGGUCUCUGAGCCAUGCCCUCACUGUGGGAAGAGGCUGGCUUCUAAGGCAGGGUUAGAGACCCACCUGCGGAUCCACACUGG